AUGAACUACAUGCAAGAGUGGUGGGUGUCCAUUGGCAUUCUGUUGGUGGUCCUGCAGUUUGUCUUUUCCAUUCUGUUUUCCGCAUGGACAUUCUGCUAUCGAGAGCAUCCCAUCAUCAAAGCAUCCCAACCGCAAUUCUUGUGGAUGAUUGCCUUUGGCUGUUGUGUCAUGGUAACUGCCAUUAUUCCCAUGUUGCCACAAGGAGAAUAUCGCCAUGUCCAAAACCCACUCACGUCCCGUGAGACCAAUAUACCCAAGCCGGAAAUUAUAAAACUCGAUGCGGCGUGCAUGGCAUUGCCAUGGAUGGCCUGUCUGGGAUUCACCAUUAUCUUUUCCGCAUUGUUUGCCAAGAUUUGGAGAAUCAAAAAGAUCCAUUCCCAUGCCGAGCGGUUCCGGCGUCAAGAGGUCAUCAUCCGAGACGUCAUCAGUAUCAUGGUCGUCAUGUUGGUCGAGGAGACUGCCGUCUUGCUCACGUGGUCGUUGGUGGAUCCUCUUCAGUGGAAUCGUACCGUCUUGACGGAAGAUGCCGAUGGGUAUCCCAUUGAAUCGGCGGGAUCCUGUAGUUCGGAUUCUACCGUCUACUUUUUGUCCACGCUGGCGGUCUUUAAAGAAGGUCGAUGGAUUGCAUUGUGUGUCUAUUCCAUCUUCCAAUAUCUCAUCAUUGGCAUACCGGUGCUGGUGAUUGCUUCCGAUGACCGAGAUGCCACCUUCUUUGUCAUGUCCGUGGGGCUAAUCUUGGUCAGCGCUACCGUCACGUUUCUCAUUUUUGGGCCAAAGUUGUGGAAAUUCAUUUGGAUGGAUCCCAACAAUCCCAUGGAUAUGUCUCUUGUGGUUCGCAAAUUCGCCAUGAGAUCUUCGACAAUCCCCAAUCCGCAGUAUGGUACGGACACUAAUAGUCACGUGCAAGAUUACACCCGGUCUUUUGCGACAACACGUGCCAGUCAAACGCAGGAUUUCACGAGACGUGCCGUCUCCACAACAACUGAGAAAUGGAGUCCGAAAGAGCCACAGUGUCGUGGAAGCGGCGUAUCGCAUCCCGGCGAGUUUGAAAAUAAUGAUUCGGAACCCGACAACGUUGAGAUGGCGCUCCAACCGCUGGAGUGUGCUUCGAACGAUGAUGCCGAGGAUGACGACGGCGACCACGAUGUGCCCACUGGUUCGUAA